GCUGCAGCGGGUCUAGCCGCCACUCAGGGCAAGCAGACCACCAUCUACCCGCUGGUUUUUGCGGCGGCCGUUGGUUUCGAAGAUGGUGCAAUCUGCAGCGCUGCGGAGCUCAAGGGCAUUGAGUACGGCUGCACGGUAGAUGCUGUUAGCUUGCUUCUGCCGGAGCUCGUGCGAGCGCGGAAGGAAGGCCAGCCGCCUCCAGCAGCUAUAGUCCAAGUGGACAACUAUGGGCUGGCGCACGCACCCUUUGCUGCAGCUCGGAGUUUGCUGAUUGAGCAUGGCUUUGGGGAUGUGCUCCUCAUAGCCCACAGCGAUGAGGCGAAGUGGACAGAGCCGCUUCCGGCCAAGGAGGCCUUGCCGCACGCGAACUUCCUCGCCAUCUUCUGA